UCGGGUUUGCUUGAGUGGGGGAGCGUGGCGGUCUCCGCUUGGCUUCCGGGAUGCUUGGAGAGCGUGUGGCCUAUUUGUUCUGAGAUGCUUCAUGCUGUGUAUAAGCCAAGAUACUUUGAAAAUCAGGAUGCCUCAGUAGCUGAGCCCUCUUCUAAAAAGAUGAAAUCUACUGAAGAGCCUUAUGGUAAAUCCUAUGAUGGAUUACAAAGACUUCAUGAGGAAAUACAUAUUAAAAAAACCCAUUCUGGUUUUAUUCCAUUGUCGCUAUCUGAUGAUGAUGAUGAAGAAGAGAAGGAAGAGGAGGAAAAAGAGAGGGGGAAAAAUGCACAAAUGUUAAACCAAUUUAACCAAGCACCCCCUGAUAAAACACCAAGUUCAACAGAAUCUUCAGGUUUAGUAAACAAAGCUGAGAUUACAGAAAAUGAAUAUUUUUCUGUUACUAACAACAGCAAUGUAGCUCAUAAUGGAGAUAAGAACAAUUUCAUUAGGGAACAUAAGAAUAAAGGGGAGACAGAACUAUACAGCACAAGCAAAGCAUUUAUUGGACCCAUUUAUAAAAGUGAAGGUGAUCGUGAACAUAAUCAAAAGAAAAAGUAUAUUGAAAGCAACUGCCCAAAAGGAUCAAAUACUAUUAUUGGCAGAAAUUCUGAGAAAGAAAUAGUGCAAGCUAUCUCCUGUGAUAUGCCAAAAAUAGAAGAUGAAUUGUCACAGUUCUACAGGGAAAUUGAUCAGCUUGAAAGUAAGGAAAGUUGUCUAGAUAUUCAUUUACAGGGGACAGAAGCAAAUUCACCUCAUCAACCUCUGGACUGUAGUAAAUCAAAUCAAGUAAUUUAUAUAAGCUCUCAAGAAUGGCCUCAUAAGACAUUACUUAAGAGUAAUGAGGGACAAUGUUUUUAUAAUGAAUCAAGUGGUUACAGAGCUGACAAAGAACAAUACAUGUGUAAUGCCCCAAGUGGUCACAGAACUGGCAUGAGACAAAGUUGUGACCAUGGAAGAGAUGUAUGGGCAGCUGAACAACCAUAUAAUAAACAAGAAGAUUCUAGAUUCUGGAAUGAUUCUGUGCCUCAGUUUAGGCAUAGUUGGCAACAGACCCAUCCAUUUAUAAUACCUUACAACCCACCCCCUCAAUUUACUGCUCACUUUAAUUUUCAGGACUCUAAUUCUUUCUCUUUUUCAAAAACAACAUUUGGUUAUGUGAAUGUAGAACUAAAAAAAAAAAUUAACAUGACCAGUUCAGCAUGUGAUCAAAGUAAUGCAUACAGUAAUCAUUCUAAUAUUCAUAGUAUGCAUACAAUCAGAAAUGAAUGUAGUAUACCUGAUGGACAUAUAGUUAAUGGUUUCUGUGAAAUCCAAGCAAAUUGGAAAGACAGGAAAGUUCACCAUUUUGAGGAAUCAAAUAAUGUUCCCCAACAGCAUCCUAAGGACAAAUUAUAUGAGUUUAAAAAACAGCUUUUAAUAUUAAGAGGGCUUCCAGGUUCUGGAAAGACAACUUUAUCUCAUAUUCUCCUUGGUCAGAGUUGUAAUGGCAUUGUGUUCAGUACAGAUGAUUACUUCCAUCAGAUCAAUGGAUGUUGGGCCUACAAUGUUUCUCAGCUUAGUGCUGCUCAUGAGUGGAACCAAAACCGAGCAAAAGAAGCAAUGGAUCUAGGAAGAUCCCCCAUUAUUAUAGACAACACAAAUACACAGGCCUGGGAAAUGAAGCCUUAUGUGAAAGCGGCUCUAGAAAAAGGCUACGAUGUGGAAUUCCAUGAACCUGAUACAUGGUGGAAGUUUAAUCCUGAAGAACUAGAAAAGAGGAAUAAACAUGGGGUCAGUCGUGAGAAGAUUGUGCAAAUGCUGGAAAGAUAUGAAUAUCAAAUCUCAAUACCUAUUGUCAUGAAUUCAGUGCUUCCUUUUCAUAAAACUUCACAAAGACCAUAUACACAAAGAAGACAGAGGGAAUUGGUUGUAAAGAAGAAACGCAGAUUGCACAAGAUGAAACAAAGAAAGAAACAAAAGAAGAACAGAAAAAUGAAAAAUGCUGAUAUUACAUCGGUGGACAUAAAAUCAGAUGGACACUUAAUUCCAAAUGACGGGGAUUUAUUACAAAAUGGGCAGGAAAAUUCAGAAGGCAAUGGAGAAUCGGAAUUAAUGACUAGCCAUCUAAAUGAAGCUGAAGCUGACAUUGAGAAUGGCUCAGUGAACUAUAAUUAUUUACAGCUUUGUGAAUUGCAACAAAAUGGUUUCCUUGUUUCUGGUGUAGUAAAUCCAGUGUCUUUAGAGAAGUCACUAAAAGCAGAUGUUACCGAAGAUACGUCACCAUCAAUUUCUCUAAAUGAAAAUAUAGCUGACCAAUUACCCAGUUGUCAUUUAUCAAAUCGGAUCAAAAGCAUAUCAUUUGUAGAAAAUGACAGUAACAAUUUAGAUUAUAACAAUCAAAAUUCAUCUCAACAAUCAGAUCAGAAUGAUGCAGGAAAAAAUACUGUUUUGACUGAUAAAGAAAACAAAAAUACAUCUGCUGAAGAUACAUAUGACUUGGUCCAAGAAAGCCAAAUGUUAAGCAGUGAAGAGGAAACAAUUCUUGCACAUCCACAUGGGACUUCAAAAAGAAAUGAAAUUAAUAACUGGGCUUUCUUUUCCUUUGAUUUGGCUAAUGAACAGUUUCAGACUAAGAUAGAUAAAAGUGAAUCCUGUUUGACUUGGCGUGAGGAUGGAUCUAAGAUCAUGUUUGAGCAAAGACCAAAGAAGAUAAAGAGGCCUAAGAAGAUGUUUUCAGAUGCAACAACAGAAAUAACUGAUUAUAAUUCUAAUGAAGAAUUAGUGAAAGAAAGCAGUGGGAUACUGCUGCAUGAAAAUAAUGAUACAACAAAUUGUCCUCUAUCAUUGCUGAUGGAAGGUAACUCUAAGAUAUGUGAUAAUGUGGGUGAAUUUGCCAGAGAAGGUGGAAAGAAAGCCAGUUUCACAAGUGAUGAAUGUAUAUUAGCUUUACCAAAGAAAAAAAAGAAAUACAAAAGGAUCUUCAAACUGGCCCCAAACUUUGAUUUACCACGGCAGAUUCCUCUUAAAAAGAAUCAGAAAGUGCUAAACGAUAUAGAUACAGAAACAGAGAAAGAAGACAUUUCAAAUGAAGAGAUUGGAGAAAAGAACAAACAAUACUGUGAAUGUCUAACAUCUAAUUACAAUGUAGUACCUGAAUCUUCUCAUUUUGAUGUAGAACGUCUCUUACAUAAUGGUUCCAAUCAACUUGCAGAGGAAUCUGUGAAUCUUUCAACAAAAGAAUCUGAUAUUCCAAUUCAUGUAUGUGCUUCUGCUUCUUGUAAAGCUUCCUUACCAAGUGAACAAGAAUUUUUUGAGUUUGAUGAAACUAUAGAAAUUAAAACAAAGAAAAAGAUAUCUCCAGUUGUUUCAACUACCCAGCCAGAUAUUUUGCAUUCAGUUCACCUAAUUACUGGAUACCUCACAAACACCAUGGCUGAAAAUUUUGAAAAUAUAGAACAGAUUAAUGAAAGUGAACAAACAGUGUAUUCUCAGAUCAAAGAUGUUCAAGAUUCCUCAUGUGCAAAAUCCAGUAAUUUGGACCUUCCAUUAUCACUAGGAUUUGUACUUCAACUAGUAGAACUUUUUGGUUUUCCAGGAGUUCCAUUAGAUACUUUAUUGCCAGAUGAUUACGUAGUUCCUCUUGACUGGGCAACAUCAAAGGAGAUCUACCUACAGUGGAAGACAUCUGUGGAGAAGAAACAGGAGAAUAACCCACUGAAAGAAAAUUCCUUGCUCGCUGGUGCAGCUGCUCUACAGGGUUCAAAUAAGGAUGCUCAAGAAAGAAAACCUUCAGAAAUAAACCCAGAAAUGCCUUUGGAAGAACCAUCAUUGCUCUGACAAAUUGUUUCAAGAUACAUAAUCCAAGCAACAAUGCUGGCCUUUCUGAAAUGUUAUUUAAAAAACAAUCAACUUUUUUUGCAGAAAGGUAACAUAAAUAUGGAAUUUCUUCCUAUGUUUUGAUUUGGUUAGCUCUGAGCUUUGACCAGUUCUGAAUAUGAAAUCCACAGACUGGACCCCAUUGAGUCAACAUGGUUGCUUCUGGUUUUGCUUCAUCCUCAGUUGAUGAGGUAAACUUUGCAUUGUAGAAGAAAUGACAGGGGAUAAAGGAAAAAGAAAAGGAAUGGAAUGGAAUGAUUUGUUUUAGAAUAUUAGCAAGAAUAAAAAGUGGCUUUAACCAUGAGUAGAUUAUUUAAUAUGGAAGAUUGUGGCAGUAGUAGACUGCCAUAUAUUUUUAAAAAGCCAUAACAACUGAAGAUGUUUACUAUUCAGUUGAUAACCCAUAGCUGAGGGUGAGAAUUCUUCAACAUCUUACCACUAUAGGGGAAUAUAGUAUUGCCCUAAUCUUUGACUCCUCCAUCCCAUUUGUUCUCUGUAGGCUCUCUGCAACCAAAUUGUGUCACAACUCCCUUUACAACAGCAGUGUGCAACCUUUUCCAGGCCAAGGGCACCUUUGUCUUAUCAGUGGCACAACAGAGGCUGUACUCAAAAAGUAGGUAGUGUGAAAAAGAAUAGAUGAAUCUGGGAUGAGAUCUAAAUUGGAUUAAUUUAAUUUACAUGUUAUUGUAAUUUAAAUUAAUUACUAUGUGAUUAAUGAUUAUUCCCCAUGUAUUUAAUAAUUUCUUCCAUCCCAUUUAAAAAUGCAAUUUUGCAGUAACUACUAGAGGUUUGGGCAGCUGUACCCCAAAGCCUUCAGGGACCAUAUGCAAUCUAGGGCCUGAAAUUGUGUACCUUUGCCUUUACAGCAUAACAAAAAUGCAGUCCUUCUUAUCUCUCUCCUAAACAAAAGGUAUUGUUUGUGUCAUCUACUUCAAAUUUCUUUCUUCUACUGUUUCCUUGUUUUGAGCUCUCAUAUUUAUCCAAAGUUUUGCUGACAAAAUUGGUUACCUUUCUUGGUUCUCUGAUCCCAGUAUGCCCUCCUUAGGCAACUACAAUAGUUUCUAGUGUCCUUCAAGAUCUCACACAGAUGUCUUUCCUUACCUUCAAACUCUUCCAUGGCCAUCUCCCUCAUCUCUUCACUUGUAUCUGGAUGCAUCCCUGUCCACAAACUCUGUUCCUCUACUUCCACUAUCCUCCAUUGACAGGUGCUUGUUCUCUCAGACUAUGUUUUUGUUAUCCUAUAUGUUCAAAACUGCUUCUUGGAACUGCCACUAUGAUCCCUCUUUUAUUUUCUAUUUCAGAGCCAACCUUUUCUUUAAACCCUUGGGAUAGGCCCUAAAUUCUCAUGCCAUACUGUAUAUAAACCUCAGCUAGUGACACUGAAACAACCACAUUUUUUGUUUCUCCCUGUCCCCUAUUUUCUUUGUGUUGAAUUUUAAAUGGCAAGUUCUUGCAUAACUUUAAAAUGUCUCAUUAACACUAUAUAAAUACUUACAGUUAUUUAUGAUCAGAGCAUAAUAUUUGGCUAUGGGUUAAGCUGUUCUGUGCAAAACAGGUACGAGAAAGGUAAUUGCCUAGAGUGAAAGAUCAUUUAACAAAAUUUAGCACAUUUACCAUUAUAAUAAUGUGGAGAAAUGCAUUAAUUGGUAGGUUAAAAAUAGCUAACAUUUUUCUUUCCAACUGAAACAUAAAAUUAUACAAAAGUCCCAGUAAAACAGAAAUAUCAAUUUUAGCUAAUUUUCAUUGUUAAUAUGUGGAUUAUACUUUGGGUAGAUGAGAUAGUUGUAAGACUAACACUUAGGUUUGAUCUUUCACUAGAUUUUUUUAUUAUAUUACAGAAUGUGCUUGCUUUUCGGCUUUCCUAUGGGUGGACUCAAAUUAACAACCAUCUGUAGAAAAAAGUAAACCACAAGAAUAAGCAAAAAUACAAAACACCAAAGUUUUUGAAUCCAUAUCAUAGUCAUCUGCUGCUUUUGAAUUUCAUUUUGAAAUAAAACUUUGAAGAGUGAUUGUCAUUGUUAGUUUAAGGGACAAAGUGAAAUAAUUGUGGCUUCAGCUGUUUAAGUCCUGUAUGUAUGACACAAAAAAUUAAGGGAUACAAUAUAGAUUUGGAAAGGGACACGUAGGCCCUCAACUCCAUCCUCCAGAUGAAAGAUACCCAGACUAAUGUCUAUCCAGCCUCUUCCUGAACAUAUCUAGUGAAAGGGAGCCCACCUCCUCCUCAGGAAUUGCCAUGGAACUUCUCAUACCACUAGAAAAUUUCUGCUAACAUUCAAUUGGAAUCUGCUUGCCUGUAUAUUAAGACCAUUAUUCUAUGUCCUGCACCCUGCAACAAGAAAAGCAGUUAUGAUACUCUUCUGUGUGACACCCCUUAGAUACUAGGAGAGUGCUAUCCAAUGCCCACUAAUAAGCAUUUCGCAAAGCUGUACAGUCAUAUCCUCAUAAAACUUAGUUUCUAAUCCUCUGAUUAUCCUUACUGCCCACCUUUCCAUCUCUUUUGGUUUGUCUGAAUCCUUAAAGUGUGGUAUCCAGAACUGGACACCAUGCUGAAGGUAGAACAGAGUGGAACUCUUUAUUUCUGUCGUUUCAAAACUAUAUUUCCAUUCAUUUAGUAUAGGUUGUGAGUAUGAAAAGUGGUAAAUUCCAACUCCUACAAUAAAAAGUGAGACUUGUAUACACAUCCAAACAGAAUUGCAACUUGACUCAAUGUGUAUUUAGUUGUAGUUUACUUUCAGGCUACAUAGUUUAUUCUGGUACAAUGCAAGUCCGUAAAGAGAUAACCAGCCACUUCAUUAUGAGAAAAGGAAAUAGAACUCUAAAGGAACAGAGAGAGGGAGCCAGGGAGGAGGAGGAGAAGGGGAAGAGGUAGUAGUAAUGGUAGUUGUUAACAACUGGACAAAAAGAAAGAUAGAACGAACCAAUAUAUAGUAUAGAAAAAUAAA